CAGUACAUACGUGUUCCUCCAGUGCUGGUAAGGAUGCGCGAAAAAGAGUGUUGACACGUGUCAGAACAUUUUAGUGUUUUCAUCUCGCUCUUAAUUUUUAAGCAUUUAACAAUUGGCAAACAAACGACUUGCUGUCUUCCGCGUACGGCAAGCAAGCGCCAACCAACACAGCCCAACCCCAUCAAUAUUCACAAGAAGUUCGGACUUCACACAGCCAGCUGCUGCGUGGCAGCGGAUGAGAACUGUGCCCAACUCGACAAUACUGACGCAUAGCAGCGUUAAGACUACAUUUAGUUCCAGCCAGCGGCAUACCAAAUAGCAGCAAGCAGCAGCCAUUACAAUGGGCAGUGCACGAUACACACAGACCGCCGAAAAGUUGGUGCUGGCGUUGCUCGCCGCCGCCGCCCUGCUGCAGUGCGCUGCUGGGGUGGAGUUCACCUUCGAUUUGGGCGACAAUGCGGAGGAUUGCUUCUACGAGGAGAUCAAGCGCAACACAAGCGCCUAUUUCGAAUUCCAGGUGUCCGCCGGCGGGCAGCUGGACGUUGAUGUCCAUCUGAAGGAUCCGCAGGGCAAGGUCAUUUACAAGCUGGAGCGUGCCACCUUCGAUAGCCACCAGUUCGUGGCCGAGACAACGGGCGUGUACACGGCCUGCUUUGGCAACCAGUUCUCGGCCUUUUCACACAAAAUCGUGUACGUGGACUUCCAGGUGGGCGACGAGCCAGCCCUGCCCGGCGUCGAUGAGCAUGCCACGGUCCUCACCCAGAUGGAGACUUCAUCGCAGGCGAUACACAAGGGCCUCAACGACAUACUAGAUGCCCAGACGCAUCAUCGCUUGCGCGAGGCGCAGGGCCGCAAGCGAGCCGAGGAUCUCAACCAGCGCGUCAUGGUCUGGUCAUCUCUGGAGACGGCCGCCGUUGUCCUCAUCGGCAUCACCCAGAUUAUGGUGUUGCGCAACUUCUUUACGGACCGCAAGCCCAGCCAGGCGCACUACGGCCGCCUGUAAGAGACGGGCCGCCGACAUCAAAAGACGGGGCGCACGGUGCGCGCCAGCACGGUCAACGCCUGGUCAGGAGCGAGGAGCGUGGAGGAGUGUGAGCUAAGGGACGUGCAUCAUGCAAGCAUUAAAUAAGCUUUUCUCUCAAUUUAAAAUCUUGCGAUAAGUGCCCUUGUUCCGUUCCCCUUGGCACCUUAUCCACAAAUGUAUCCAUUCCCUUUGGGCCUUUCUUCAGCUUUUUGUGUGGUGCAGUCCAGCCCCCGUCCCCCGUUCACCGUACACCGAAUCGCAAUGACAUGUAAUAGUUUUUGUUGUUUGACCCCACCCGGAAACAGAAUGUUUUUUUUUAAAUAUAUGCAAUCCACAAUUCGAUAGCUAAA